UGCGCAGCUGCACGUGAGUCGAGUCGAUCAGCUGAUCGUGUGCUUCGUCGGUCUAACAUUUUCGGAGUACGAGUCUGAAUUUCGUACGGUUCAAAGAUUAACUUAGCAAAAAUGAGCGUCUCCAAGGUAGAAAACAGUGAAUACAGUGAUUAUCGUAGUCCUUUAGCGACUCGGUACGCCUCGAAAGAAAUGCGAUACAACUUUAGUGAGCAACAUAAGUUCAGCACGUGGCGGAAACUCUGGGUAUACUUGGCCAAGGCGGAGAUGGAGUUGGGCUUAGCUAUUACUCCAGAACAAAUAGCUGAAAUGGAGUCUCACAUUGACGACAUCGACUUUGAAGCCGCUGCAAAAGAAGAAAAGGCAACGAGACACGACGUUAUGGCUCACGUUCAUGUUUUUGGAAAUCAGUGCAUGACAGCUGCUCCCAUCAUCCAUUUGGGCGCAACCAGUUGCUAUGUCGGAGAUAAUACGGAUCUAAUAAUCCUUCGUAAUGGAUUCGACAUAUUGUUGCCAAAAUUGGCGACAGUUCUAUCACGUCUGGCGGAAUUCGCUUUGACGUAUUUCGAUUUACCGACGCUGGGAUUCACUCACCUCCAACCAGCUCAAUUAACAACUGUUGGUAAACGAGCGUCCCUCUGGCUUCAUGAUCUCUUGUUAGACGAGAGAGCUCUUCGACGUGCUAGGAAUGAUCUCAAAUUCCGCGGAGUGAAGGGCACCACUGGCACUCAGGCUUCAUUUCUUCAAUUGUUUAACGGUGACGAAGAAAAAGUGAAGCAAUUAGAUCGCUUGGUGACCAAAUCGGCUGGCUUUGAGAAACACUACCCUGUAACAGGACAGACUUACAGCAGGAAAGUUGACGUGGAGUGUUUGAAUACCCUGAGUUCUUUGGGUUCGACUGUUCAUAAAAUUUGCAGCGACAUCAGACUUCUAGCAAACAUGAAGGAAAUCGAGGAGCCCUUCGAAACUACCCAAAUAGGGUCCAGCGCCAUGCCCUAUAAAAGGAACCCGAUGCGUUCCGAGAGGUGUUGCAGUAUAGCCCGUCAUUUGAUGACAUUGGCCAACAACGCUCUGCAGACGGCCGCGACACAAUGGUUGGAAAGGACACUCGAUGACUCGGCGAAUAGAAGGAUCACUUUGUCAGAGGCGUUCUUGUCGGCCGACGUGAUUCUGAUGACCCUUCAGAAUAUCACAGAGGGCCUCGUUGUUUACCCCAAGGUCAUUGCCAGGCACGUGGCCCAAGAGCUGCCAUUCAUGACCGCGGAAAACGUAAUAAUGGCGAUGGUGAAGGCUGGCGGCGACCGACAGGUGUGCCACGAAAAAAUACGAGUUCUGUCACAAAAAGCCGGCGCCGAGGUGAAGCAACACGGUCGAGACAACGAUUUAGUCGAACGGAUCAAGAAGGAUCCUUACUUCGCGCCGAUCCUGGAUCAACUGGACAGCAUUCUCGAUCCGUCGACUUUCGUCGGUAGAGCACCCCAGCAAGUAAAAGAAUUUCUGCAAGAGGAAGUCUACCCCGUUCUCGAACAUUACGCAGGACUUUUAGGUGGUCACGUGGAACUCAGCAUCUGAUCUAUCGCCGCGCUAAUCAAACGGGACGAUAAACUUUUAUUCAGGGAGUCCAGAGGGGAUGAUUACUCAAGAAACUUUGGACGAGCUUGUUCAAUGCUUUUAUAGAUCCUUCGUUCUUUUCAGCAAUGAAAACAAUGAUAAUGCUUACAGGUUACUUAUAAACUUUACAAAGAUCAAAUAAAGACGUUUAAUAAACGAAACGAAAUAUAUAUAUAUAUA